UGACAGUUCGACAUCUGACAGACUACAGCUUUGUUUUGCUCGUGUAUUUCCACGAUUUAAAUUUAUUUUUUUCGUAAAAUUGAAGUGAAAGUAUACUUAAUUAAUUUACUUUGUAUGUGUACUAUAUUUCAGUGUCAUAAAAACUUUAAAACAAGAUUUUAUCAAGAUCUAACUUAAUCGUGAACUCGAAAUAUUUUAAGUGAAGUAAAGUGAUCGAAAUAUUUUCAUAAAUAAUGGAUUUAGUGGAGCACGAGUGGUAUAUACAAGCUCCUUGGGGCAGAAUCGCAAUAAUAGCAUGGGGCGACUGCUGCAACCCCCCCGUACUGCUCUGCCACGGCAGCAUGGACUCCGCAGUCAGCUUCCGCCCGCUAGUCAGCAAGCUGCCCAGGAAUUAUUAUUAUAUCGGUCUGGAUCUCCCCGGUAACGGCAAGUCAGACCGCUUCUUACCGGGUCUGAUGAUCAGCGUGUACGACAUGCUGUAUGCUAUACAUGCGCUCGUCAAGCAUUUCCGCUGGAAGACAUUCACGCUUAUAGGACACUCCUUUGGAGCUUAUUUAGGUCAGUUCUACAACUUAUGUUACCCAGACAAACUGGACCGGCUGAUCAACUUGGACCCUAUCAACUUCUUCGCUGUACCUCCUGAAGAGUUUAGCAGAUGGUAUCACAUAUUCUUCACGAACUUUUACAAGAAUUACGACAAAUACAACACGCCUAAAGAGAAGUCGCCUACAAUCAAAUGGACGGAGGCUCUGCAGUCUCUGAUGCGGAACAGGCCCAGUUUGAACGAGGAACAAGCGGCAGCAGUACUGGAAAGACUGUCUGAACCCGUUGGAGACGGAUGUAUCAGAUACACAUACGACUUACGAAUGAAACGGAUCAACGGGCCAGCCUACUCACCGGAACACGUAAAAAAACUGUUCACGGCUGUCAGAACCCCAAUUCUGACGAUAGCAUGUCAGAAAAGUCUGAAAAACAAACUGUUCAGAAACACAGCUUUCUUGCUGGACGAGGCAGAGUAUCCUGGCGGUAAUUUUAGGUUUAAAUCCGUGGAAGGUGGUCAUGAUGUCCAUAUUAGUCAUCCGGAGAGGGUGGCCGGGUUCAUCGGGCAGUUCUUGGAGUAUGGGGUAGAAGGGCUGGAUAAGAAAUCUAAGUUAUGAUUGGAGAAAUACUAUGUCUAAUAAUUAAAGUUUUCUUAGGAAAAUCUUGAGAAAUGGAAUCAAUUAGUCUAUAUUGUAACUUUUUUAUGUUUGUUAAAUAAUAUUCAAGGUCAAAAUUGAUAUUUUUUUAAAUAAGAAUAUGUCAGUCAAUUAUCAGUACCUAUAUGCAAGUGAUUUUACCAGCAUCCUGAGUUAACUUCUUCCCGUACCUAGAUAAAAAGAUGCCAAAACGUUAGUCUUAUGUAACAGCUGUAUCAAAAUAAAAAAAUGCCAAGUUUUAUCAAAAUCAGUUCAGCUGUUUUCGCGUUAAGAAGUAACGUAUACAAUCACAAACUUUCGCCUUUGUAAUGUUAGUGUGAUACCUAGUUGAAGUCUGACUUUCGUACCUACUCAUCGAGCAUAAAAAUUACUUUUUAUUUUAUUUCCCAGUAUUCACAAUUUCUUCCUUCCUUCACCCCUUCCUUAAUUUUGUAAUCUAAGAAGUAUCUUAUAUUGGUUGAUGAGAAAUUUAUAGUCAAUAUAUUUACUUUUUAUAAGGUGAAGGCUGCUACACUUAAAUAAAAAUCUUUAGUAAAUAAAUAUGAAAGUUAUCUGUAAUAGAAUAUUAGUUCACCAACAACAUAAACGUCAGUUUUCUUGAAACAAUUGUUUACUAUGAAGUUUCACAUUCAAUUUAUGUUGUCGGUGGAAACGGGCCUACUUAAAGAUAUUAUAAGAUUUUGGCAUGAACAAAUUCAUAGUACAUAUGUAUAAAUUUUUGGUGUUUGUAAAAAAUUGAAAUUACUUAUUUACAAGUUACUGUAAGAAUACCUUACAAAAAAGGUUAGUAUUCAAAAAUCAUACACAAGUUUUUUUUUUAAUGUAUUACAAAAUGUUUUUUUUCUUGUAUAGUACCAUUGCUUGUCCGAGGUUGGCUACUAAUGAUUUCACGACAUUCAAAUGACCAACAUCACACAAGCAAAUUUAUUUGACGGAAACAUUUUUUUUUUAAAUAAAUAAUAGAAUGAUGGCCUAAGUCAAGUCAAUCUAUAAUUAUUAUUGUGCUCAUUGUGCAAUUAAAAGUCAAUUAAAAUUAUAUUUUUAAUAUAAUGCAAAGGAAUUGUAUAGCUUAGAGAUUUUUUUGUCUUUGUUUUAUAUUUUACAUCUUUAUAUUUGGGAAUUGGAUUAGUAUUAAGUAAAAAGUUUUAUUAUUUUUGUUUUUGUGUAUAAACAAAGUAUCGCGAUAUUGUUGUGUCUUACAUUCCCAUUGCA